AUGGGGCUCAAAUUACUAGAGUCGGCCAAGAGGGAAAAGCAACGCUCCACAGCCUGCUCCAAAGCCACGGGCCUCGGGGGCACCACGGGCGAGGGGCAGGACGCGGAGCGCAUCGAGAGCAUGAGGCCCGUCAAGGAGCGCGUCGUGAAGGUCACGUUCAACGCGGACGUGCACUCCAGCCUGCAGUGGAACUUCAGGCCGCAGCAGACCGAGAUCUUCGUGGUACCAGGAGAGACUGCACUGGCAUUUUAUAAGCAAAAAAAUCCUACUGACAAGCCAAUCAUUGGAAUCUCUACCUACAAUGUUGUGCCCUUUGAAGCAGGGCAGUAUUUCAAUAAAAUACAAUGUUUUUGUUUUGAAGAACAGCGGCUUAAUCCUCAAGAGGAAGUGGACAUGCCUGUCUUUUUCUACAUUGAUCCAGAAUUUGCAGAGGACCCUAAAAUGGCUAAAGUUGAUUUGAUCACACUCUCUUACACAUUUUUUGAAGCAAAGGAAGGACAAAAGUUACCACUUCCAGGGUAUCAGUAAUAGUCCAAUCUACACAAUUGGACUUCUGCUGCGUGACCACCAGUUGCGA